AUUUUAAAGUGAAUAUUACAAACUUUAGAAGCCUUUUUAAACUAAGAAUACACUACAAGUAUGCAUUUCCUGCAACAAGAGGGUGAUCAAAUGAAGAUUGUACAUCUUUUUAUAUCAUAUAUAUACUCAUCACAACUCUUUCUCUGUCUUUCCAGAGGACCAGAUCCCUCAUGGGUUCCCCACCAUAGACAUGGGUCCCCAGCUGAAGGUGGUGGAGAAGACCAGGACAGCCACCAUGCUGUGUGCUGCCAGUGGCAACCCUGACCCAGAGAUCUCCUGGUUCAAAGACUUCCUCCCUGUAGAUAUUAACAGCAGCAACGGGCGAAUAAAACAGCUCCGCUCAGGUGGUACACCAAUCAGAGGAGCUCUCCAGAUAGAGAACAGUGAAGAGUCCGACCAGGGCAAGUACGAGUGUGUGGCGGUCAACAGCGCCGGGACCCGCUACUCGGCUCCGGCUAAUCUCUACGUGAGAGAUCAACGAGAAGUGCGCCGUGUGCCACCCCGGUUCUCCAUCCCGCCCACCAACCAUGAGGUGAUGCCGGGUGGCAGCGUGAACCUGACGUGCGUGGCAGUGGGAGCGCCCAUGCCCUACGUCAAGUGGAUGAUGGGAGUAGAAGAGCUGACCAAGGAGGAAGAGAUGCCCAUUGGGAGGAACGUGUUGGAGGUCACCAACAUCCUCCAGUCUGCCAACUACAGCUGUGUGGCGAUAUCGUCACUCGGCAUGAUCGAGACCACCGCACAGAUCACUGUCAAAGCCUUGCCCAAGCCCCCCACCUCCCUGAUCGUGACGGAGACCACAGCCACCAGCGUCACCCUGACCUGGGACUCUGGGAACCCUGAGCCCGUGUCCUACUACGUCAUCCAGUACCGGGCCAAGGUCUCUGACAACAGCUUCCAGGAGGUGGACGGAGUAGCCACCACGCGCUACAGCAUUGGAGGCCUCAGCCCCUACUCCGAGUACGAGUUCCGCGUCAUGGCGGUGAACAACAUCGGGCGUGGCCCUCCCAGCAGCCUCGUGGACACCAGGACCAGUGAGCAGGCUCCAUCCUCUCCACCGCUGGCUGUACAGGCUCGCAUGCUCAGCGCCUCCACAAUGCUGGUCCAAUGGGAGCCGCCUGAGGAGCCUAAUGGACAGAUCAGAGGGUACCGGGUGUACUACAGCUCAGACCUCAGAGCCCCACUGAGUGGCUGGCAGAAACACAACACUGACGACAGCAGACUGACCACCAUCUCCGGGCUGACCACUGAUAUCACCUACAGCCUCAGGGUGCUGGGGUUCACCUCUGUAGGGGACGGACCUCCCUCUGAUGUACUGCAGGUCAAGACCCAGCAGGGAGUACCAGCCCAGCCAUCUAGUUUCAACGCCGAGGCAGAGUUGGACACCCGCAUCAUGCUGUCGUGGCUGUGGCCUGUCCAGGACCAGAUCACCAAGUAUGAACUGAUGUAUUGGGAGGCUAACUCUGGCAACAAGCUUCAUGUGACCUUCCCUCCAGCGGGGUCCUAUGCUGUGGAGGGUCUGAAGCCAGACACCCUCUACAUGUUCUCCCUGGCUGCUCGCUCUGAAUUGGGCCUGGGCGUCUACACCCAACCCAUCGAGGCCAGGACUGCUCAGUCCACCCCCUCAGCCCCGCCCCAGGAGGUGCACCUUCUGAGCCUCAGCUCCACCAGCAUCAAGGUGAGUUGGGUGGCACCCCCUGCAGCCAGCCGCCAUGGGGACAUUGUCCGCUACUCUCUGGCCUACCAGGCCGCCACCGGUGAGGACCUGGAGCGCCACAAGGUGUCGGGCAUCAGGGCAGAUGUUUCUAGUUACAUCCUGGAGGGCCUGGAGAAGUGGACGGAGUACCAGGUGUGGGUCAGGGCUCACACGGACGUAGGCCCAGGCCCAGAGAGCCCCGCGGUCAGGAUCAGGACCAAGGAGGAUGUGCCUGGAGCUCCUCCCAGGAAGGUGGAGGCGGAUGUCCUGAACUCCACAGCUCUGAGGGUGACGUGGAAGCCCCCCCUCCAGGUGAAGCAGCAUGGCCAGAUCAGAGGGUACCAGGUGGUCUACUCGCGACUGGAGAACGGAGAGCCACGAGGCCAGCCCAACAUCAUGGAUGUCUCCCUACCUGAGGCACAGUGGAACGUUGAGGAUACCAUGGACUAUGAGGCUGUUAUAACAGGCCUGCUCCCUGAGACCACCUACUCUGUCACCGUGGCAGCCUACACCACCAAGGGGGACGGGGCACGCAGUAAGGCCAAGGUGGUCACCACCACUGGAGCAGUCCCAGGCAGGCCCACUAUGAUGAUCAGUACCACCAUUGGUAACACAGCCCUCAUCCAGUGGCAACCACCGAAGGAGAUGGUGGGAGAGCAUGUUGGCUACCAGCUUCAGUACAAACGUAUGGAGGAGGAGUCGUUCACUGUAAAGGACUUCAAGAAGACAGAUGACCACUUCACCGUCACCGGCCUGCACAAGGGCGCCACGUACGUCUUCAAGCUCUGCGCCAAGAACCGGGCGGGCACCGGCGAGGAGUACGUGAAGGAGAUUACGACUCCGGACGAUGUGCCCAGUAGUUACCCCCAGAACCUGAGUGUCGUUGGCCUGACCACGACUACUACCAAGCUAGCCUGGGAGCCUCCGGCGCUGGCUGAGAGGAACGGGAGGAUCGUCCAGUACGUGGUGGUGUACAGAGAUAUCAACAGCCAACAGAACAAUACCAAUAGCACGAUAGAGACCCAGAUGACCAUCAUGGGGCUGCAGCCUGAUACCACCUAUGACAUCAGGGUCAGGGCUUUCACCAGCAAGGGAGCCGGACCCAACAGUCCUAGUAUUCAGAGUAGGACCAUGUCUACCUCCAUGCCUGAGUUCACCAAAAACUUUGGUGUGAAAGCUGUGAUGAAGACCUCUGUCCUGCUGACUUGGGAAGUGCCAGAAACCUACAAGUCUCAAGUGCCUUUCAAGGUAAGUCAGGAAGAACAUCUACAACCUGACAGGAGUCAUUGUCUCACAUCAGAUAGCGGAACUUUCAUCUGUGCUGAUUGUUGAGGGAGCAGUGGCAAAAUUACCGUUCCAUGGACAUAAGGUGCUGUAGGAUAUGGACAUAAGGUGCUGUAGGAUAUGGACAUAAGGUGCUGUAGGAUAUGGACAUAAGGUGCUGUAGGAUAUGAACAUAAGGUGCUGUAGGAUAUGGACAUAAGGUGCUAUAGGAUAUGGACAUAA